AGGCCAAUCCGACCUUGCAGCGAUAAUCAUGGCAGCUGCUGGAACAGUGUACUCAGCGGCCAUUCUCCUCCCUGGAUGCGCACGAUUACUUCCUCUGCGGCGCACGACAACUAUCAAAACGCCUUCCUCUUUCUUCCCUUCUUUUCCCUCAUACCCUUCCUUCUCUCCUCCUCUGCAAUUCAAAUAUUCUCCUCCUGCAAGAAAAUUGCAAAUCCGAGCUGCAAGAACAGAGUCCAAAGGCCUCUCCGUAGGCUUCAGAGCUCCUGAUUUUGAGCUUCCUGAGCCGCUGACUGGGAAAAUGUGGAAAUUGGAUGAUUUUGAAUCAUAUCCUGCUUUGCUGGUGAUGUUUGUUUGCAAUCAUUGCCCAUUUGUCAAACACUUGAAGAAAGAUAUUGUAAAGCUAUCAAAUUUCUAUAUAAAGAAGGGACUUGCAGUUGUUGCAAUCUCAUCAAACUCUGUAGCUACUCAUCCACAGGAUGGACCCGACUUCAUGGCUGAAGAAGCUAAAUUAUUCAAAUAUCCUUUCCCUUAUCUUUAUGACCAGUCGCAAGAUGUUGCACGGGCCUUUGGAGCUGUCUGCACGCCAGAGUUUUUCCUCUUCAAGAAGGAUGGACGGAGGCCUUUUGAGCUGUUUUACCAUGGACAGUUUGAUGAUUCACGACCAAGUAAUAAUGUGCCAAUCACAGGGAGGGACUUGAGUCUUGCAAUAGACUGUGUUCUCAGCGGCCAACCAUUAUCCUCAAGGCAAAAACCCAGCGUUGGAUGCAGUAUAAAGUGGCACCCUGAAAAGAGUCAGUGAUCCACAGUGGAUAGUUCAACUUUCUGGAGAUCAUAAUCUACACAUUUGAAUUAUAUUUGAGUCUGGUCUCCCUGAAAGAUACAGUGGUGAAUGAGUGUGCCGCUAAUCUGAUUCAUUUGACAGUCUCAGGCAGGGAGAUGAAACCAUCUUGAAUUCCCUUUGAAGAAUUGAGUGGUCUAGACUGUCAACAUUGUUCCUCAAAAUCCCUGGAAGCAUUUUUUCUACCUCAGUGCCUGAAAAGAAUGCAGCAAGGAAAUGAUGACUGGCAUGUGACCAGUGUUGCGCUGCACUUGUAUCUGCUACUCCCAAAUAAAAUGGUAUUAAUGUUCUGUACUUUUUCUAUUUGAUUUCAAACAAUGGAGUGUGAAUGCCGCUGUGCCUCCUAUGAUAUAUAUCACAUCACAGUGGUGUCAAGACAUGCAUGUUUUCUCUAAAAACUGCAAGGCAUGGCGAUGUUCAAGAAAUCCGUCAUGAUUUAUGGGUUUCUUCUAGCAUUUUUCA